AUGGCGUCCUGUUCCGCUGUACUGUUUGCUCUGGUUGCAGCGGGAUGCCUUUUCACGGUCGCGCUGUCAAGGCCGUCAGGCUUCGAGGCUGAGGAGGCAAAUGGCCUGCCUGGCAGCAUCUUCAAGGCUCAUCUGGUAGACAGCGUGAACAAGAACCCUCGCGCCACAUGGAAAGCAGGCUACAACGAGCGAGUGCAUCGCCUUUCUAAGUCCGCACUCAAAUCGCUGGUCGGCACUUACCGCCAUCCACCAGUCAACGCUCUUCCCCGCAAGGAGCUGUCUCCCGCUGCGAUGAACAUCGAGCUGCCGAAGCACUUCGACGCGCGCAAGCACUGGUCGCACUGCCCCUCCAUCUCUUUCGUUCGCGACCAGGGCCACUGCGGUUCCUGCUGGGCUUUUGGUGCAGUUGAGGCGCUGAGCGACCGUUUCUGCGUGACCUUUAAGGAGACUGUGCAGCUGUCCACCAACGAUCUGCUCUCGUGCUGCUCCACCUGUGGCGAUGGGUGCAACGGCGGGUGGCCGUACCUUGCGUGGGAGUUCUUUACCAAGCAGGGCGUCGUCACUGAGCAGUGCGAGCCCUACUUUGAUCAGCAGGGGUGCAAGCAUCCGGGGUGCGAGCCGCUGAUGCCCACGCCUGUAUGCAAGCUGAAGUGCGAGGAUGGGGAGAACUGGCGCAGCAGCAAGCACUACGCCUCUGAGGCUUACUUGGUGGGGCGUUCUGUGGAAGCCAUGAUGACAGAGCUGCUGCUGCAUGGACCCUUUGAGGUUGACUUUGACGUUUAUGAGGAUUUCGCGUACUACAAGAGUGGGGUGUAUUCUCACCUGGUUGGGGAUAUGGUGGGGGGCCAUGCAGUCAAGCUUGUGGGCUGGGGCACCACUGAUGAUGGUGUUGACUACUGGAUCAUUGCCAACUCGUGGAACCGAAGCUGGGGCGAGGAUGGUUUUUUUCCGCAUCCGUCGAGGCACCAACGAGUGUGGCAUCGAGGAAGAUCCGGUUGCAGGUACCCCUUCCAGGACUCCAGCUCCGUCCCCUGGGGGACUGUUGGAGGGUAUCGCCACAGAGUAGGCGACGCGGGCAUGAUUCGGUCGCGCCGCGUGGCCGCGACCGUGUCCGAUGGGUCGGCAGAAUCCUUCAAGUCUGCAGCAUUCGACGAGGAGGCAUCUGGCGGCGAGUCCGCGCCGUCACUUAGACUGCAGCAGCAGCGCCUCGCUGCUGAAGCAGCACACUCAGGGUAUGACAGGGUCUCCGUAUUUCCCGAGGUAAACGCCGCGCCCUCCCCCCGCAUCCCGCCGCUCUCGACGCUCGCCCGCUUCCCCUCCGUCUCCGAAACCCAAUCGUCUUCCGCGCAAAGCCCCGACCGCCGCUCACACGCCUCCGCGCGCGUAGACGUAGGCGCAGACGUGCGCUCUCCGCGCAAUCCAGCGCAGUCCCGGUUUCCCCCAUCCGCGCAGCCCCAACACGGGCAGUGGCGGCCCCCGCUCCCAGCCGCUGUUCACCCUGUUUCGCUCCGUCAUACGCUGCCGCCGGUUGCUUCUACUGCGACGGGUGCUGCUGCUGCUGCUACGAGGAGCGACGGGAGCAUGGCAUGGCGUGCGAUGGAGUUGGAGCGGGCGGGAACGGAUGAAAGGACAGCAGCAUGGGAAGUGGUCGCACCUGCGGUAAAUCCUGAAAUGGCAGCAGCGGACAGAAGACCCGGUGUGCGAGCAGGAUAUGAGCUGGUUUUUGAGAAUUCUCAAAAUCCAGCAGCGGACAGAAGACCUGGUGUGCGAGCAGGAUAUGGUGAUGGUGGCUAUGGUGGUGGGGGAGAUGGGGAGGAUGGGGAGUGCGAGGCCCUAGAUUGCUCCUUCGCAGCAUGGGAGGGGCCACAGGCAGGAGACAUCGCCGUUUUACCCUUCUUCUCCUCCUGCCACCCGUCCGCCCGCUUCCCCCCGUGCUUCUGGCCUCCGACCGUCCUCGCCUCUGCAUCGCUACCCUUCGUUCCCUUUGUGCCAACACUCAGAACUGGGCCUCAACCAGGAGCAGUGGCAGCAGCAGCAGAUUCAGCAGCAGCAGAUUCAGCAGCAGCUACAGCAGCAGCAGCAGCAGCAGCAGCAGCAGCAGCAGCAGCAGCAGCAGCAGCAGCAGCAGCAGCAGCAGCAGCAGCAGCAGCAGCAGCAGCAGCAGCAGCAGCAGCAGCAGCAGCAGCAGCAGCAGCAGCAGCAGCAGCAGCAGCAGCAGCAGCAGCAGCAGCAGCAGCAGCAGCAGCAGCAGCAGCAGCAGCAGCAGCAGCAGCAGCAGCAGCAGCAGCAGCAGCAGCAGCAGCAGCAGCAGCAGCAGCAGCAGCAGCAGCAGCAGCAGCAGCAGCAGCAGCAGCAGCAGCAGCAGCAGCAGCAGCAGCAGCAGCAGCAGCAGCAGCAGCAGCAGCAGCAGCAGCAGCAGCAGCAGCAGCAGCAGCAGCAGCAGCAGCAGCAGCAGCAGCAGCAGCAGCAGGAUCAGCAGCGAGUUGCUCAGCGUAUGAGUAUAGCGCCCGAUCGGAGUCUAUGAGAAUCGCUUCCCUCAUUGCUGCGGCUGCUAUGGGCGCUGGUAACAAUCAAUCUUCUCCGCGCACUCAUUUGGCAGGGUGCUGCGGCUGCUAUGGGCGCUGGUAA